CGAACUAUCUCGAACAGCUGGAUCAACGAGUUCCGCUGUCCCUUCGCGUCCCGUUACCGGAGAAGCCAAGGCGAAUCCGAAAGCUGAUCUCGAUCGCGAUCUCCGUCCCUGGGUUUUGCAGUCCGAUCUCGUCGAUCGUCGAAGAAGUUCGUCCGGUCUCGCAGAUUUUCUGCCACUUUCCCUUUUGUUUUCUCGCUCGGUUGAUUCUCUUUUGUUCCUGUAGUUUAUCUGUUGGAGUUGUUUUGGUGGAUUAUCCGCUGCAGUCGCUUGUCUUAUUGCUUCUGUUUAGUGAUUUUGUUAGUCUAGGGUUGCUCAAUUUCAUGUGUUGCUUUCCCUUUAGUGGAAAGAGAUGUUUUGUUCUGUGAUGAGCGAUUGGUGGUGGUUUUUUGGACGAUCACAGCGUAGAUCAAAUGGUCGUAGCAAUUUGGUGUAGGUUGCGAUUUUAUUGGAGAAUCUAAUGAUGGCAAUUUUUGUUUGGUUGUCUUGUUCAUACUGAAUCAUGCCUCUGUUCGUAGUUGUCAUUUUCUGCCUUUAUUCCAGUAGUUAUUUGAUUGUUUACCGAAAUGCUUGGUUUAGUGAAAGGAUAUAGCUAGGAAAUUUUAGCAGUCCGUGGGUGGAUUAUUUAGAUUAUUUGUUUUCUGGUUCAUAAAACUCUGCUAUCUCGCACUUCAUUCCUUUUCUCUCUCUCUCUCUCUCUCUCUUCCAAUUUCUUCUUUAAAUGCAUUUGCUAUUAUGACUAUCCUUUUUCUUCGUCCUCGAUUAAUACAUCUACUAUCUGUAUUUUCGUUAAUCUUACGAUUAUCUCUUUAGAGUAAGCAAGAAUUUCUGUUUCACAAUUACAGGCCACUUAAGAAUGAGGAUAGUAGCAUCGAUAUAGGUCUACAUAUUAUUUAACACUGAAGUAAGAUUGCGUAAUUGGUCUCAAUCGUGUGAUGUGCAAUGGGAAAGUAGGUGAGCUCACCUGUCCCUUGUGUAGGGAAUACACAAAAUCAAAAAUCAUGUUCCUGUGCCAUGGUUAUCCUAAAUCAUAUGUUAAUUUUGUGGUGGGUAUUGCCUAUUUGAACCACAUUUGGAGAAUCUGAUUGAAAAUUUCCGCACACUGUUGUUUUUUUCCCAUUGAUUUUAUCCUUUGGAGGGACUAACAAGUCUUUCAUCCACAUGGUGAUGGAUUUUGUUGAUUACCUGAUGUGCAUCUCUUCUGGCUGGUGAAACGAACCAAGUUCAGUAAGCUUCAUGCAGGUUUAUCCAUUGAAACUGUUGGUGAACAGGAUAUACAUGAGUAUUGUGCUCAAUUAGAUAUGAUUAGGUAGAUGUUCGUGGUCAACUAUCUGCAAAUGGGUAGUUGGCACAGGUAAGAGAGUAGAGAAGAGCAUACUGAAGUUGUGUGGAAAAAAUUAUUAACAAGAAACAACAAUGGUUGGACAAAGAUCAACCUAUAUAUGUUGGAUUUUCAGAAAUCAGAGAAACACUGUUGAUGCAGCUCGAUGCACGUCAAGAAACAGAGGGAGGUUAUCUUGCUGGUCUGCAUUUUGUUCGAUUUGGUUAUUACACUACUUCGAAUACAAAGGAUUAGUUUGUGUCACCUUUCCAAGCUGGAGUAAGAAUAAUUUGCUGCAGUAUAUGCACUAAUAUAUGGAGUUCUAAAUCAUGUCCUGAUACUCUUGGACUUAUGCUGAUUGGAGCUGUUCAACAUAAUUCUAUGAUAGAUGAUAUGAAACAGUGUACAGCUAUGUGGAAGAUACCUUCAGUCUUGCACAAUUAUCCUCGUUUCAUGGGCUACCAACUACUCGCUAUGGGUGAAAAUGGUUUGCUAAACAUUCUUGUAUUUGCAGGUGCAUCAGCUCUGGUAGCAAAUCUUCAAUAUAUGGGGGAUUUAGCUGACCUUUGUGGAUCUUCCAUCUUGGAGCCAAAAACGUCAGUAUACCGAGAUAAUGAGAGUGAGAAUUUGAUUGAAUGCCCAAUCUCAUCUGAUAAAAGCUGUUAUAGAGCUGAAGAAAGAUUAGUUGCUUCUGACCUUUCUGCCAAGGAUAGACUUGACAAUAGUCUUAUGAUGUAUGGAUGCCCACAUUAUCGACGAAGAUGUCGUAUUCGCGCACCAUGUUGUAAUAAGAUUUUUGAUUGCCGACAUUGCCACAAUGAGGCAAUGAAUUCAAUAGAUGUUGAAAGAAGAUUUAGACACGACCUUCCACGUCAAGAAGUUAAAGAAGUUAUAUGUUCACUGUGUGGCACUGAGCAAGAGGUUCAACAAGUUUGCAUUAGUUGUGGCGUUUGUAUGGGUAAAUACUUCUGUGGAAUUUGCAAGCUGUUCGAUGAUGAAAUCUCAAAGCAACAAUACCACUGUGGUGGUUGUGGAAUUUGCAGGAUUGGUGGACGGGAGAAUUUUUUCCAUUGUUAUAAAUGUGGUUGCUGCUACUCAAUUGUGUUAAAGAAUAGUCAUCCAUGUGUGGAAGGAGCAAUGCAUCAUGAUUGCCCUGUAUGUUUUGAGUAUUUGUUCGAGUCUAGAAAUGAUGUGAGUGUUCUGAUGUGUGGUCACACUAUCCAUGUACAAUGUUUGAAGGAAAUGCAGCAACAUUUACAGUAUGCAUGUCCUCUCUGCUCCAAGUCUGUAUGCGACAUGUCAAAAGUGUGGGAAAUUAUGGACAGGGAGAUAGCAGCCACUCCGAUGCCUGCAAUCUACCAUGAUAAGAAGGUUCGCAUCUUGUGCAAUGACUGUGGAGCGGCCUCAGCGGUUCAGUAUCAUGUAGUAGGACAAAAAUGCCUCAAGUGCAAAUCUUACAAUACUCGUCAAACUUAAAAAAUUGAUCUAAGAAAACAUCUGUGCUGCCUUUAUCUCAAGCGCAAAAUCCUCAAGUCUUUGGUGAUCUUCUUAAUGGCUUCAUCGUUGUUCGUUUCAACUUUGUUUCAUGCUCUCAUUGAUGUCCUAGUUCGAUUGUAUUAGCAGUUCAUUUCUUGCAAGCUUCGCUUCGUUAUCUCA